UUAAAUACAAAUAACAACAAUAACUCGUAAAACGUGGGUAAAUGAUAAAUAAUAAUAUAGAUCUGUACGACACAGACACCACUGAUUCAGCGCUGAGUGACAACACACUACAACUCUUUCAGUCAUCGGGAAGUGAAGAAACCUUAAAGCAAAGCGCACGUAUCCUGAGAAAGAUCUGUAUGACUAACAUUUGUCUCAUUUUAUACAGCUUUUUCUUCAUGUGAAAAAGAGCCUGUUCUUCAGCAAACAUUUUACUAUGAAGGCUAACACACCACCACCUUCUCCUGAUCCUGUUAAUGAGGGUGGGAGAGAGGAUUUGAUUGAUAUUGGUGACAUAGAAGAGGUGAUAGAGCUUGAUGAUGACACUAACUGGCAAGAGGAUGCUCAUAGAGAUGAAGAGGAUGAGGACGAACAUAUGGAAGAAACAACGGAUGUUACUGAUGUGGCUGCUCUUGUCUUCUCCAAGCACAAAGGCUCAGUAUUCAGUUGUUCAGUGUCACCUGGUGGAAACAUAGCAGCCACAGGGGGAGAGGAUGACUUGGCAUAUGUAUGGGACAUACGUACUGGAAAUGUACUUUUGACUUGCACAGGCCACAAGGACAGCAUCACAUGUGUUGAGUUCAGUCAUGAUGGAUCCUUGUUAGCAACAGGGGAUAUGAGUGGAUACAUUCAAGUCUGGAAAAUUGCAGCAUCAGAAAAGAUAUGGGAAUUUGAAACUGGAGACCUUAGUUGGUUAACAUGGCAUCAUGCUUCACGCGUGUUGCUAGCAGGAACUGCAGAAGGAGAGAUGUGGAUGUGGCUUGUACCGCAAGGCAAUGCUCGUACCUUUCCUAGUUAUGGUAUAAACUCUCAAUGUGGAGCACUGCUACAGGAUGGUAAGCGUUCGGUUGCAGGUUAUGAAGAUGGUUCUUUGCGUGUAUUUGAUCUGAAGAGUGGGCAGCUGGUGCAGCAGUUUAGUGAUGGCUUGGCACAUACUGCUCCUAUUGCCAGCCUUGCUGUUCACAAGGACAACACGCUUGUUAUAUCAGGCUCCCUGGAUGGCACAGCCAAAUUAUACAACACUAAUACUGGAAAGAUUAUUGGCACACUCAACUGUGAAGUGACACCAGACUCUGAAGAGACCAAUGCAGAGAUUGAUCAUACAGUGGAGGCAGUUAGUUUCUGUCCAGCGAUGCCCGGUAUUGCUGUCACUGCAACUUUAGCUGGUUAUAUCACAAUCUGGGAUGUUGCUUCACAGGUUAGCCGACAUGUUAUAACUCAAGGAUGUGGAUCAUCAAAGCUACUGUGGCAUCCAAGUGAGCCAGUUUUGUUCUCUGCUGGGCUGGAUGGUACUGCACACUCCUAUGAUGUUCGAUCAGGAGAACUUCUUGACAAAUAUACAGGACACAGAAGCUCUAUACUGGCAUUUGACAUCAGCAAGGAUGGUUCUACACUCAUCACAGCAUCAGAUGAUGGAACAGCCAGAGUAUUUAAAAUCACAUGAUUAUUUGUAAUAAAACAUUAAAUAUGGAAA